AUGAAAUUUAAAUGGUUUUGUUUAUUUAUUUGUUUGGCAACAGAGCCAAUGACAACAACAUGUACUGGUUCGUGGAAUCCUACAGCAUCGCUUCAGUAUGGGACAGGCUCACCUGGCAGUUUAUCAACUCAGUUUAAUUUUCCCACCGAUAUAUUUAUUGAUAGUAGCGAUAAUCUUUAUGUUGCCGAUAACAACAACGGUCGAAUCCAAAAGUUUGCAAUGGGCUCAACUAUAGCUACAACGGUUGCCGGCGGUCAAGGAGGAGGGACGAACCCAAAUCAACUUAAAAAUGCGGCGGGUGUUUUUGUUAAUAGCGCUUAUAUAUAUGUUAGUGAUGUACAAGUAGGGACUGGCACCCGUAUACAACGAUUUCCAUACAAUUCAGUAAGUGGCACCGCUGCAACAACUGUGGCUGGUUCAUCGGGUUUUAGCGGCUCAACAACAGAUAAAAUCGGGAACUGUUGGAGCUUGUACGUUGAUAGCAAUAAUAACGUGUUUGAAACAGAUUUUACGAACUGUAGAGUAUUAAAAUUUCCAUCCGGUUCUACCAGUGGCUCGUUCGGUGCGCUCAUAGCUGGUACUAGUACGUGUGGAAACGGUGCAAAUCAGUUAAAUGUUCCGCACGCUGUCACUCCAAAUUCAGCGAAUACCGCUUUUUAUAUCGCUGAUACCCAGAAUAAACGUGUUCAGGUAUGUCCACAGAGCGGCGCCGGUGCAUGUACAACAUUGGUAGGCGCACCCACACUAGACGGACCUACCGACGUUCAACUAGGUCAUGAUGGAAAUUUAUACGUGUUAGAUAGUACUCGGGUAUUACGGUUUCCAGGUGGUUCAGGUACUGGAAGCGUAGUUUUAUCAUCGUUAAGUCAAGCAUGGGCAAUGGCAUUCGAUUCGCAAAUGAACAUGUAUAUUGUCGAAUUUGGUCAGCAUCGUGUGCGAAGAUUUGAUUACAGAUGCUAA